AUGGGCGACGAUCCGACCGAAUAUCCAACGCAGCGUUUACGUUUACAACCUUGUAACAUUUGUGGAAGGCAAUUCAAUGCCGAAUCAUUGAAAAAACAUCAAUCUAUUUGUCGAAAAGUAUCGAAUAAAAAGCGAAGAGUAUUUGAUGCUGGAAAACAACGAGCCACAGAUUCCGAUGUGCCAUACAAAGCAACGAAAAGAACAUUGGGGAUAUAUACCGGUGAAGUUCGAGCUCAAGAUGAUAGGUCGAAAUCAAAAGCGAAACCGACUUGGAGAGAAAAACAUGAACAAUUGAUUCGAUCAAUACGUGAAGCUCGAUCUGUAACUCGUGCUAUACACGACGGAGGCCCAUUACCAGCUUUUCGGCCUAGUGAAGUUCCAUCAGAUUAUGUUAUGUGUCCUCAUUGUCGUCGUAAUUUUAAUGAACAUGUUGCUAAACGACAUAUCCCUUUUUGUCAAACUCAACAUGAACGAAAACAUCCACAACCUUCGAAACCUAGCCAACAAUUUGAUAGAGGACGAACUCUUCCGCCACAACAUUCAUCUCCACACAAGCAACAAUCGUCUAGUUCAGGCAUGCGUCCCGCUCCUCAUGAUGUUUAUAAUAAUGGUUAUCAACAUAGUAAUUCUGCUCCAAUGCUCGUACGACGGAAUCCAGCUGAAUUUCAACCACCACCACAACAACAACACCGCCAACCACAACCACUACCACGUAAAUCAGGAGGUGGUUUUAUGGGAGGCUUUCGAAAAUUAUUUGGUAUGAAUUCCGAAAGUGAGCCAAUGCCCGAAACGGAUUACUAUGCAUCACAAGAUGACGACUAUUAUGAACCACCAGUUCGUCGUAAUGGUCAACAACAAGUACUUAUGCGUACAGGACGUACUCAAGAAAAUACAGGUUUGAAUGUACGUGCUCGCCAAAAAAAUGAUGAAGUCGGAUCAUAUGUGCGUCGAGGACCCUUACCUCCACGACCGCCUUCUCAUUCAUAUAAUCAAACACGAAACCAAUAUGGUAGUGGUCAUCAAAAUGGCGCAAGACCUACGGCUGUUGGGCGUGCACCACCAGCCGGAGUUCGAUGUUAUGACUGUGGUAGUGUGAUUAAUAAUCCAGCAGCCCGUUUUUGUGGCCAAUGUGGUUCCAGACGUUAA